UAUUUUAGUCGCUAUGUGAUUCUAGAUUCUAGAUCUAGAAAUCUAGUUUGAAUAUAGAUCUAAAUAUAGUCUCCAGAUCUAGGUUAUAUAUAGAUCUAGAUCUAGAUAUCUAUAUCCAAAAUCCAGAUCUACCAAAUUGAGCAGUAUGCGAACAAUCUGAAGUUAUGUUUUUAGGCCUACCAGCAAUCUGAGCGUUUUUACUUUUAUUUUUUUUUAUUUUUACCAUGCGAAGGCGUGUUACCGUCUUCAAGAAUGGUACAUCGGAUGAUGGAAAGGUACUUGAAGUGGCUGAUACAAUAGAAGGAUUCCUUGAAGAUAUUAGCGCUAAGCUGAAUAUAAGUGCAUCCAGUUUGUACAACCAAUUUGGUGGAAGCAUAGAUGAUUUGCUUAUUAUAAGAGAUGAUGACAUUUUGUAUGCUUCUGAGGGAGAGCCAUUUAUCCAUAUUUUGAGUCCAUGCAUCCACAAUCCAAAGAAAGCCAGGUGUUUAGUGGGUCUGCCAUGUGCCAGUGUUGGAACUAACACGGACAUGGAAUCAGGCGGGUCUGACUGGAUAAAUCUUAAUGUUGGAGGCAAACUGUUUACAACAACUAGAGGUACACUAACAAGGUUUGAUGGAGAAAGCAUGCUGGCUCGUAUGUUCAGUAAAGAUAAAGAAAUAGAAUGGAAUAGUCGAAUGGAUGUCACAGGUGCUUACCUUAUAGAUCGCAGCCCUCUUUAUUUUGAACCAAUCUUAAAUUACCUGAGACAUGGGAGACUAAUCCUUGACAAAUUUGUGAAUCCUGAAGGUGUACUGGAGGAAGCAAAGUUUUUUGGUCUCACUUCUCUAAUAGAAACCUUGGAAGAUCUAAUUGAGAAAGAGCAGUUACCUGAUGAUAACACACCACUGACCAGACGAGACCUUAUUCUUAGGUUGUUAUCAACACCUACAACACAGGAGCUUAGAUGUCAGGGUAUGAACUUUGCUGGUGCCAAUCUUUCCAAGCUGGACCUGCGCUACAUCAACUUCAAAUACGCUAUUCUAAAAAAUGCCAAUCUCUCAGGAGCUAACUUGUCUUUUUGCAACUUUGAGAGGGCAGACCUCUGCCAUGCCACAAUUGAUUCUGCUAACCUAUUGGGAGUUAAAAUGCUUUGUGCCAACUUGGAAGGAACGUCAAUGAAAGGUUGUUAUUUUGAAGAUCCUGCUGGAAGCAGGGCUAACAUGGAGGGUGCUUUGAUGAAAAAUGUGGAUCUUGAGGGAAGUCACAUGGCUGGUGUAAAUCUUCGUGUGGCCACCUUAAAAAAUGCCAACCUACAAAACUGUGAUUUAAGGGGAGCUGUUUUGGCUGGUGCAGAUCUUGAGAAUUGUGAUUUGACUGGCUGUGAUCUUCAAGAAGCCAACCUAAGGGGAGCCAACCUAAAGGGAGCCACAUUUGAGUUGAUGCUCCAUCCACUUCACAUGGCUCAGACUGUCAGAUAGUAGCUGUACCCUAUUCACACCAGUGUAGAUAGAACUUGUACAGAUUUUAUUGUCAGCUUUGUCUUUCUAGAUUGUAAAAAUUCACCUAAGAGCUUAUUUAUUCUUAGUAUUUAUUACCAUUUUACAGUAUGUUGACUUUAGUUGCUCCUGUCUAACAAAAUUUUUUUUUAGUGUGUGUUAAGCUACUUGAACACAUAUGCUUUUACGCUUACUGUAAAUAUAAUAACAAUUAAAGAGACAACAUGGAUAUAUGUUUUUUUUUACCAAAGUACAAUUAAUUCUGUUUUAUUAGUCAUGACAGUUGCAGUAUUGAAGACUGUUGUGUGUGUGCGUACAAAAUCAUAGUUUUAUAAGAUUGUUUUUUAAAACAGUUUAAAAAAAUUAAAAUUAACAUUUGGAAACCAAAACAGAUCAGUGUAUAUUUCUGGUGCACACCCUGAAGAAAUUCAUUUGAUGAUGUAAAAAUAACUGGGUAUAAGAAACCAGUUUAAACUAAUGUUGCAAUUUUGAAACUUCUGUUCAGUUGUGAACUAGUAUUAAAGGAAAGAUAACUCAGUAUUUAGAAAUGUUUGUUGUAUAUAAAAUUAAUUGUAUCUCACUCUCAUAAUAUAGGAAUACAAAAAUUGUACAUUUUUAAAUUAGUUUUUAUACUAAGAGAAAACUAUUUAUACAUUUUGCUGAUUAACUUGAAUUAAUAUGAACACUAUUUUUGUUUUGACUUAGUUAAAUUUUGGAUGAAACAGAUUUGCCAAGAAUGUUUAAAACAUUGUUAAGAGUGUAAAUAGUUAAUCUUUAAGGGGUGAUAUUAUGUUUUAUUCUCAUGAGAGAAUAUUUGUUACAAUGCUGUAAGUCCAAGUGAUAUUUUAACCUAAAAUUUCUAGUCCAUGCUUGUUAGUUAUUGGGUAUGUUAAGCCAUUGGCCAUACACACAUAUUUGUAAUACUUUAAAAAAAUCCUUUCCUAAAGAGCUUUAGUUUUACAAUGAAUUUUUUAUGUUCAGUCAUUUUUCUAUCAUUUGGUCAUUAUUGUACAGUUUUUCAUGAACAUCCAUCAUUAAUGUGUAUUCUAUAUCUGCAAGUUUGAUAUGAUUCUAAUAAACAUGUUUAAAUAGAAAUGUAAUUCAUUAUAAGUCCCUUGAAUCUAUAUAUAUAAUUCUCUUCUUGGAGACGCUAGAAAACAAGCUGUAAGCGCGCUCCCUACCACCCCACCCCUACAUGGUUUGGUGAGCUGUGGUUCACGCUAAAUAUUUACAUUCGUAGAGCAGGGUUUAGUGACGGCUAUUAGGGGCAGAUUAUUUAGUUUGAACAAUUUAAAACUUAGGGGAGGUAACUAAGAGGAGGCUGCUUU